UCUGACUCUCUCAUCCCAUUUUCUUUUUUCUGCUAAAAUCUUCUCUUUCAAAUUCUUCUUUUUGGGGAAAUAAAAUAGUUUAAGACAAAUCUCUUGUGGUCUUUCUUUUUCAGCUUUCUCAGCCGCACGGAGAAAAGAAAAAUAUCUAUCCGGAUCUUUGCCGGUGAAAAUCUAAACCUUAUUAGUUUCUUUGCCGGAACCAAACAAGUUAUUGAAAAUGGAGGAAGCGAAAGCAGGUAAUGUAAUUGUUUUCAAUGUUCACUACGUUUUUGUAAUCUUUUGUUAUGUAAGAUUAUGUUGUUAUAAUAUUAUAUCUGCAGAGGUGGAGAAGAAGGUUUCUAUGCUUUUAAAGUUUAUUCAAAACAAAAACAAGAUCCCAAAGGUUACAAAAAAGGAGCUUGUUGGGAUCGUUGAAGAUCUACACGGGCGGUGUCAGUUACUUUACUCUGUGUUUGAUGAUUUUGGGACUAAUAAUUAUGGAAGGAAAGCAAAAUUGGGUACUACUUCUUCGUCGAGGUCUAGUUCGGAUUUGGAUUACUAUUCUUCAGAGGAGAUAGAGAUCAGCAGUACCGGUAACGUUAGCUCGGAUUACGCGGUGAUGCUCCAAAAGCUACAAGAGACACAGCUAAGAAACGAAGAUUUGGAGAGACAAGUGAGCAAUCUGAAACAAGAAACAAGUUUUUUACGAGAUCAAAACAUGGAAGUGGCAGGAGAUAUUGAAGGUAAGAGAAACGAGGACAGAGAACAUUUCAAAGGCUUGAUGACUACAAGUGAAGCUGCAUUGUUGCGUAACCAGAAAAAGGAGUUAGAAUUGAAGCUGGAGGAUAUAACCAAUAAAGUCUCAGAGACGCAAAUGCGAUUGAAGCGUUUGGAGGAAGAGGCGGAGAAGCAAGCUAAGGCCGAGAUGAAGAUUGUUGAAGAAAAGAAAGCUUUGUUGAGCAAAGUACAGAAACUUGAAGCGGGCGUUGAUACUUUGCGUAAGCAGAGAAAAGAGUAUAGUGAAGAAAUGAAAUGUAAGAUUACUGAGACUGAUCGUCUUAAGGAAGAGAAUCAGAAGCUGCAAACAAGAAUCACAAAAAUUACUGAAAUUGAAGAUAAGAGUAAGAAACUUGACAACCAAGUUUCUGAUCAGCAUAAACCAGACAAGAAACAAGAAGAUAUUAUUCAACGGCUAUCAGUGGAGAUUAAUGAUCAGAAGAAACUUCUUAAAGAACAAAAAGAUACCAUUGAUAAGUCCUCAGAGGAUCAGAAGCUACUGAAACGUUGGUCAUUUGGGGGUUCGAAAUUGAAUACCAAUCUACUCGAGAGGAAAAUGGAAGAGUUGGCUGAAGAUUUUCGGAUGAAAAUGGAAGAUCAUAUCCGUAUACUGAACAGGAGGAUCCAUGUAGCCGAACAAAUACACGUAGAGAGCAAGAACAACUAUAUCAAGACAAGAGACAACACACAAGUCUCACAAGAGAACAGAGGAAACAGAGAAGAUUGCACUGUCUCUGAAUCCCAAUUCAAGAAAAUCAAGGAAAUGGUGGAGAAAGGGCUUGCUGGACCAGAGAUGGCGAUAAAGAAGCUGGAAGAAAGCGGGGAACUAGUGAGCCGAGUCACAAGAUUAGCUAAAGACAUCGAAUCAGCGAGGAAGUUGGUGAAGGAGAAGGACAACAAGAUGAAGCAUGAGGUGGAAACUCUAGAAGCGAAGCUGGAAUGUAGAGAAGCACAAGAAUGUUUACUGAAGGAGAAGCUAUCGAAACUAGAGGCGAAGCUCACGGAGGAAGGAACAGGGAAGCUGAGUCUUGCAAAGGCUAUGAGGAAAAUAAAAAAGCUUGAGAUAGAUGUGAGGGAGAAAGAGUUUGAGUUGUUGAGCUUAGGAGAAGGGAAGAGAGAAGCCAUAAGACAACUAUGUGUAUUGGUUGAUUAUCAACGUUGUCGAUAUGAUGAUCUCAAAACAUCCAUCUUCAACGUUGCUCUUCAAGCAUAAACUUCACUUCUUCCCUUUUGUGGUGUAAAGUUGUAAAUAUUAUGUUGCAAGAUUUGAGUAUUUAUCAUUGUUGUAACUUGUAAAUAACAUAUUUUUUAACACUUUGUUUUCAACUAUUCUUAAUAUUGAA